AUGGAAAAAGUGAAAAAUUUCUGGAAUGAUAUCGCUGGUGAUCGUAUUGAUUAUUCACAAUUCGAAACGCGCGACGAUGAUUCUGAUAUUAUGGUAUUUCGCGAAAAUUCACAAAAAUUCCGGCUUUUUGGAACAGGAAUACAUGUAAACCUGGGCGCAACAGUUGCUGCUACAAUUGGUCUUAUUGUGACGAUUAUUUUUUGUGUAAUUUAUACAUUUUACCACAAUCGUGGACAAGGACGAAAUGAAUUUAUCGAUCACCUGGAGCUUGUUGAUCUUCUGUUCGCCUUCUUCAUUGGACUGCCGUGUCACUAUAUGCUAUUUUAUGGAAUUUAUAAAGAAAAUAAGAGGUAUUUGACACCUUUCUUGAUUUUCUAUUGCACAAACUUCCUGUUAAAUGUAAUGUUCUCAACCAUAACUAUAAUAGCGACAAUAAUUGAUGCUCGUCGACUUCUUUAUGGACAUGUUCAAUACGAUUUCGGAUGGAUCGUAUUUCAGUUAUGUUUUACAAUUGCUCAAGGCUUUGCUAUUUAUUUGGUACUACGUUGUAGGAAAUAUCUAAGUGCGAAAGAACACUGGAAGAAGCAAACUGCAGAGGUAAAAAAUUCUCAAAUUUUCUUAAAUCACCCGAACAUCUGCGAUCCACUUGGUUCAUUCCAUUCAUUCUAA